UAUUCAAUAUAACAAUUACACUUAAAUAUUAUUUUAUUCUGUGAUUGUAUUUAUCGAUUUGUUUUUGAAUAAUCAUGUUGUGGUGACCAUUGAUAGUAUAUAUUUCAUAGAAAUUAAAUUAAUUUUUUAAGUAUGUCGGCUUCAGGAGAUUUUGGUAAUCCUCUUAGGAAGUUCAAAUUGGUGUUUUUGGGCGAACAAAGUGUUGGUAAAACAUCACUCAUUACAAGAUUUAUGUAUGAUAGUUUUGAUAAUACCUACCAGGCUACCAUUGGUAUUGAUUUUUUGUCUAAAACAAUGUAUCUUGAAGAUAGAACUGUGAGAUUACAAUUAUGGGAUACAGCAGGACAAGAAAGAUUUAGAAGUCUAAUUCCCUCUUAUAUAAGAGAUUCUACUGUUGCUGUUGUAGUUUAUGAUAUAACAAAUGCUAAUUCUUUUCAUCAAACUUCUAAAUGGAUAGAUGAUGUUCGAACUGAACGUGGCAGUGAUGUAAUAAUAAUGUUAGUUGGUAACAAAACUGAUUUAACUGAUAAACGCCAAGUAUUAGCUGAAGAUGGUGAACGUAAGGCAAAAGAGUUAAAUGUCAUGUUUAUUGAAACUAGUGCUAAAGCUGGUUACAAUGUUAAACAAUUAUUCAGAAGAGUGGCGGCAGCAUUACCUGGAAUGGAUGUAGCUGAAAAUCGACCACCCGAAGACACUGUUGAUUUACAGAAUCAUGCGGCCAAUCAGGGCGACUCGCAAGAGUCUGAAAGCAGCUGUAUGUGUUAAAAUGUUAAGUUAAAUUUUUAUACGUUUGUAAUAAUUUUAAUGCUUUUUAUACAUUUAACUAUGUCAUAUAAGACACUUAAUAAAUAGGGAAGUUGCAAUUCUUGGGUAGAGGAUUACCCCUUGUUAAAUACAAUAUUUUAAUCACCAAUAUCUAUCUUCUAAUAGGCUAGUCACUGAACAAUUAUUUUUAUUUUGUACAGUAAUAUUUGAUUAUAUUUUUGAGUUAUUAAUAUUUCAAUGUAUUUAUUUUAUGUAUUGUAGUUCAUAACAUGUUACUUAUUGUUAAUGCCCCAAAUAUAACUCCAAAAUAGGAUAU